AUGGCAUCAGUCCAGAUACCUCGCCCCACUUGUCCGAGGAUCCCGCAGACAUUGAGGGUGUUGACUGACAACCCUCCUGGCUGGUGGGACAGAGGGCAGCCACACCCUCCUGACGCAGGGCUCCCCUAUUUCCUCGUAUGCAGGUGGAAGCUCUGGCGCUUGGGGAUCUGCAAGGCGGCUGUCCCCCUGCAGGCUGCCUGGAACGCCUUCUCCCAGCCUGUCCCGGCCGGCCGGAAGGAGCUGCUGACCCAGCUUCUCCUGUGUGUUUUCUUGGCCUGUCUUAUCGCAGGCCUGGCUCAUCACUGCCUGGGCUCUUUACAGCUUUAUCCUCUGGGACCCCCUCCCGUGGCGACCGCUCUCUGUGGUCUCUUCGUCUUCCUGAGCCUGGGCCUGGUGCCCCCCAUCCGCUGCCUGUUUGCACUCAGUGUGCCGACCCUGGGCUCCGAGCAGGGCCGCCGCUUGCUCCUGUCCUACAGUGCAGCCAACCUGGCUGUGGCUGUGGUGCCAAACGUCUUAGCCAAUGUGCGAGCGGUUGGACGAGUCCUGAGCUGUGUCACUGAGGGCUCUCUGGAGAGUCUGCUGAAUGCCACUGACCAGCUACACCAGGCAGCCAGGGAACUGGGCCCAGCCGGUCCGGCAGUCAGCCGGAGCCUGUCAUUUGAGGCAGAGGGUAAUGGCUCAGCCGUCCGUCUUCACAUGCACACAGUCACUCAGAAGAUCCUGCAAGACUUGUCUGGCCUGGAGUUCCUGGCCCGGGCAACACUGGGCACUCAGCGGGUGGUCACCGGCUUGUUCCUGCUGGGCCUCCUGGCCGAGUCGGCCUGGUACCUUCAUCGCUACCUCACCGACCUGCGCUUCGACAAUAUCUAUGCGACUCGGCAGCUGGUUCGGCAGCUGGCCCAGGCUGGUGCCACCCAUCUGCUGGCUUCUCCGCCUCCGUGGCUGCUCCAAACAGCUCAGCCUCAGCUGUCACAAGAGGAGCUGUUGAGCUGUCUCCUAAGGCUGGGGCUACUGGCCCUGCUCCUGGUGGCCACAGCUGUGACAGUGGCCUCAGACUAUGGGGCCUUCCUCUUAGCACAAGCAUCUGUAGCCUGGGCUCAGAAGUUACCCACGGUCCCAGUCACACUCACAGUCAAAUAUGAUGCCUCAUAUAAGGUCCUGGACUUCAUCCUGUUCGUCCUCAACCAGCCUCCGGUGGAGAGCGCGUUUGCCUCUGUGCAGCGCUCCUUCCGGUGGGAGCUGCGGUUCACGCCCCACGACUGCCAACUGCCUCAGGCUCAACCACCCCGCAUCACCGCUGCUCUGGCUGCCGGCGCCCUGCAGCUGCUGGCGGGCGCCACCUUGGUGCUGCAGGCCUACGCCUGGCGCCUGCGGCAUGCCAUCGCCGCCUCCUUCUUCCCAGCCCAGGAGGCCAGGAGGCUUAGCCACUUGCAGGCUCGGCUUCAGAGGAGACACGACCAGAGUGACCACCUGAACAGACAGGCUGGCACUAUGGGCAUCCGGGGACCCAGGAAGCCUGGACAGGGGACAAGGGCUCUGGAGUCACAGGGACCUCAGGCACAUGACUCCCUUUCGCCACCGUAUGACCUGGAGUAGGUCCUCGCACAUCUCGGAGCUUAAGUUUCGGUAUCGACAUAAUGAUCAUGCGUGGAGACAAUGGUCUACUUUUCACGUGGGAUGUGCGCAAAACCGCGGCAAGCGGAAGGCGUGGUUGCGGUAAAGAGGACCGGAAGUUAGGGAUAACCAGACAGUUCAGGUUCUUCCCGCUAGAUGGAGAUAGCCCUGCUAACAUCCUGUGGAGACCCUGCAUGUGGAUUCACCUCAGUACUCCUCCAACUUACAAGUCUUUGAGAAUUUACGUUAAUCUGAAAGUUUGAUCUUAUAAAUGAGCAUAGUUAUUAAAUAGACGAGUAGACGGCUUUGCUCUUCCCUCCCUGCUCCUUUGGGGUCCCUCCAUCUAGACUUCUCACAUAAAAGUACAGGAUGCCCUGCCCGAUUUUGCAUUUCAGAGAAGGGACGCAUUUGUUUAGGGAUCCUUGGCUAUGAACCCGGCCUCUGGUUAGCCGUGAGCGGCCUUGAGUUCCCUGUAGUAAAACUGUUGUUUUAAAAACACAAAUCCCAGCUGUUCGGUUUUACCAAAUGAGGAUUCAGGAGCCAGCUGCUGUGGUGAAAGCUAGCUAGCUCAGAGAGGCAGAGAGAGCACCCAGCUGACUUUCUCCGUAACGGCCCAUUAGGGAAAAUCUUUCUCUGCACAGUCUUAACUGCCCUUCAACUAAAGACUUCUCUUCCCUCCCAGUCAGCUGGCUGCUCCCUGGGCCUCUUGACCUAGAGUUGACUUUAUUCAGGUCUUGCAUUAAAGGUGUGGGCCAGGGCUGAGCCACACCACAACUGCUUGUUUACAGUAAACAGAAAGCUCUAGAAGCAAAGGCUGAGCCACUGUUAGAAACAGAUUUUGACUCUUCUCGAUCUCCGGGUUCACAAUGUGAUCACUAUCCUGCAACAUAAAAUAGUAACGACAAUAAUAAAACAACCAACUUCGAAUUCUUGAUUGACUUUUGGGAUCUGCGCAUCAGGCAACACCCCACUUGGUAAAACACAAUCAAAUGUUCUAAAGACUGAAGGGAGGAGUUGGCUCCGUGGAGAGGGAGGAUUGAAGAGAGCAGAGCAGGAGGUGUAAGGAGCACUAGCCCCAUCACCAGAAUAACUAUUGCAAAACACAAGGCUCACAUUCAUUUUCAGAACAUCAGUACCACAAACGCACAGGUGGUGAACCACACCACUAUGACUGUGGCUCUAAUGGAUUCUUUGGCAUUUGUGAUAGAGAAUGCUCCCCCUCCCCACAGACUCAUAUAUUUGAAUACUUGGUUGGUAGAACUACUUGGGAAGGAUUGGGGGUGUGGCCUCAUUGGAUGAGAUGUGCUUCUGGGAGUGGCCUUGGAGGUAUCAACAUCUCACAUCAUUUCCAGUUAGCUUUCUGCCUCGUGGUUGUGUCUCGAGAUGUGAACUCUCAGCUACUAUUCCAGCACCAUGCCUGCUUCCUGCCACCCUCUUCCCCAUGAUGGUCAUGGACUCUGUCCUGGCUGAUUUUGUGUCAACUUGACACAGGCUGGAGUUAUCACAGAGAAAGGAGCUUCAGUUGGGGAAAUGCCUCCAUGAGAUCCAGCUGUGGGGCAUUUUCUCAAUUAGUGAUCAAGAGGGGAGGGCCCCUUGUGGGUGGUGCCAUCCCUGAGCUGGUAGUACUGAGUUCUAUAAGAGAGCAGACUGAGCAAGCCAGGGGAAGCAAGCCAGUAAGAAACAUCCCUCCAUGGCCUCUGCAUCAGCUCCUGCUUCCUGACCUGUUUGAGUUCCAGUCCUGACUUCCUUUUGUGAUAAACAGCAACGUGGAAGUGUAAGCUAAAUAAACCCUUUCCUCUCCAA